CUCUAUUUAUACUAUUAUGACCAUCAGCUACUACGUACGCCAAGUAACACUGGAAGAUAUUAAAUUUGCCCAAGAGGGUACCGAUGUGUAUAACUCUGCAUACACUACUCACGAUGGCUGGACCACUGAAGCUAGUAUUACGAUCAGUGGUAACGACGCCCAUGUGGUGGGUACACUUAUGAUUGUGCCUUUUCCUGAUUUACAGGAACUGCCUACACCUGGUGAAGCCAUGAUUACGAGAUUUGCUGGAUUGGGCCGUCUUUUGAUUGAAGGCUCAUUUAAAGUAAUGAGGGAACAAGGAUAUGAACGCUGUUCGAUCCGAGUCUUUGAGAACAGACCUGAAAUUUUGGCUUGGUACACAAAGGUUGGGUUUAAGGACACCAAUGAGCGUCGCGCAUUUAAAGCACCUGAAGGCAAAAAAUUAGUUCUGCCUGUUGGUUUUGUCAUUAUGAAGUUGGAUCUUUAAAGUCUACCUCGUAUUCUUUUGAAAAAAAAAACACAAAUAAAUAUUAGAAUAAAGUAAUACGAUUGAACCUGUACAGAGGAA